UUAGAGGAGUGGUUAGCGUUGACAACCCGGAAAUGAAGAGUGCUUUCACGUCUAGGUGACAAACGGUCGAUUUCAAGCAAAACAAUGGCUUCUACCGGAGGAGCCCAUCCCCCACCAGAGGGAGGUUCAGGUCCAGACCCUCAGACUCCUGUCUUGAGGAUCAACCAGCUGGAUGCCUUUGAGCUGGACUCUGCUCUGGACCAGCUGGUGUGGAACCAGUUCUCCCAGUGUUUCCAACACUUCCGCCCAGGCCUGCUCACUCCCGUGGAGCCUGAACUCAAGGCCCUGCUCCAGCUCCUUCUCUGGAGGUUCACAGUCUACCCCAACAGUGCUACGGUGGGCCAGUCUAUGAUGAACCUCCGUUACCACAACACUCUGUCACUAUCCCAGCGCUACAGGGCCCUGAGCAGGAGACAGAGGCUGGGCCUGGCCCUGCUGACAGUCGGCCCCCGCUGGCUGACAGAGCGAUCCCAUAGCUUGCUCCUCUCCCUGGGGUUGGGGCUGGGCGGCAGUCCCCCUGCCGAUGGAGGUCUGCGUCUGGGACUGCGUCGAGUUCUUUCUCUGAUCACCGGCCUUACCCAGGUAGCCAACGUGAUCAACUUCCUGGUGUUCCUGAGGAAGGGGCGCCACCCGUCUCUGACAGAAAGGAUCCUGGGUAUCCGUGCGGUGUUCACUAAGCCCCAGGCAGUCCGGGAUGCAGCCUUCCAGUACAUGAAUAGAGAGCUGCUGUGGCACGGCUUCGCUGAGUUCCUCAUCUUCCUCCUCCCUCUAGUCAACAUGAGGAAGAUCAAGACAACCAUGUAUUCACUGCUCUACCCCCUAGGAGUGGGUAAGGGAGGGGAGGAGGGGGUGAGAGAGGGCUCAGCAGUGUGGAAGGAGUGUGGUCUGUGUGGGGAGUGGCCUACCAUGCCUCACAUGGUAGGUUGUGGUCAUGUGUUCUGUUACUACUGCGUCAAGAGUCACUCCAUCGCCGACGCCUACCUGACAUGUCCUAAGUGUGGCGUGGAAGUCGGGGAGGCAAAGGCUGUCAAACUGCAGAUGGAGAUGACUGACGUCCACACUAGAUGAUACCGUCACAUCCAGUCACGGGAACACACAACACGGCUUUACUUGUAAAGUGAGCUUUUGGUAACACUCAAGGUCACAGUGAAUGGACUUCAAUACACAGUGUCUAUAGAAAAAUUGACAUUUGCACAUGCGCACACACACAAACACGGACAGACAUUCAGAAAUACACACACACAAAAGGUCUCAGAGGGACCCUUUAACUGAGCAAGGUUUCUUUGCUUAAGAUACUCUGGGUGACGAUGGAAGAUGCACUGGAAAGACAAGAUGAUGAUGACUGAGAUUCAGUUUGUUGUAUGAACAGACAGGGCCUCUCUGCCCAUGUAUAAUGUAUGUGAGCACACACACACUGACCAUCCUGCUCCUGUUACCCCUCCAUUCCUACUGUUAGACUUUGGACAGGCCUGUUUGUUCACACAGCUCUGAGUGACUGUUGGAGAAACACAGAGCAUAUAUUUGAUGAAGAAAUGUGUUGAUUCUGCCCCAAAUUGGCCUUGUGCUGCUCUGUUCUGUUCAAAUGGGAAUAUUUGUUCUGAUGAAAAAUGCAAAAACAUGACUGACGGGACUAAUAAAUAAUGGAUGAUUUUCUGUUGCUCAUCACCGCUAACGAAAUUUGCAUCUGUUUGUAUUUGUGCCUAAAUUCUGUUCAUUAAAAUGUAGUCAAUUUAAUUAAUACCCAAAUAAUGACCCCAUUUAAUGGGUGUUUCUUGUUUUAAAGUGAAGAGAGAAAUUUAGGAAAGUUAUAACAUACACACUUCUCCCCAUCUCUCCUUCUCUUCCCAUCUCUCCUCUCCCUCUGCUCUCUCCUUCUCUCCCUCUGAUCUCUUUCCAUCUUUCCCCAUGCUCUCUUCCCAUCAGCUCUCUCUCCAUCUUGCCUUCUCUCCCUCUGCAUCUCUCCUUCUCUCCCUCUGCUCUCCAUCUUUCCCUCUGCUCUCUCUCCAUCUCUCCUCUCCCUCUGCUCUCUCUCCAUCUCUCCUCUGCUCUCUCUCCAUCUCUCCCUCUGCUCUCUCUCCAUCUCUCCCUCUGCUCUCUCUCCAUCUCUCCUCUCCCUCUGAUCUCUCUCCAUCUCUCCUCUCCCUCUGCUCUCUCUCCAUCUCUCCUCUCCCUCUGCUCUCUCUCCAUCUCUCCCUCUGCUCUCUCUCCAUCUCUCCUUCUCUUCCCAUCUCUCCCUCUGCUCUCUCUCCAUCUCUCCUUAUCCCCUUUCACACUGCCAAAACAUGCAAAAGAUCAAGGGGCAGCCAGGGGCUCAGAUUGGAGACACACUUAUACACUCUCUCUCUCUGUCUCUCUCACACACACUCAGUAAUCUCGGCGGGCCUCUCCCUAUAAGUCAGGCUGUGAACUGUAGUGAACCUCUGGCAGCCUCUUGGUUCCUUGCAGGCGAAUCACUGCCUAAUCCCUGUAAUGACUGCAAAGAUGCUUAUUUAUGCUGGAGUUAACCUCCUCCAAUGAGCCCAGCCCCGGGCCAAACGUAGCCCUGCCCAGUGAGGCCUUCUCUGGGCUUGCGGAGAGCAGAGACCCCCUCCUCUGGAUGAUCACUGGAGCUUAAUUGCUGAUUGCGGAGGCGAUCAAUCAGGACUCUAGGUGAGUUGGGGCCUUGUGGAGAGAUGGGUUUGGUCAGGCUGGUUCUCUCUCUCACACACAGACACAUACACACAGACACAUACACUACUGACGGCUUAGUUUCUUUUGAGGCCUGUUUGGUUUGGUCUAGCUUACACAAACUCGCUAAUACACAUAAAUACACUCAUCCUGACUGGUUCACUUCUGAAGGGGUUGAUGAAAUUUGUUUGACACAAAGAAAAUAUUUGGUGUUUCUUGGCUUGAGGACUUUUGCUCAUGAGAUCAAUACACAGGGAUUCUACAGUAUUUACUGAUGAUGUUCAUGUUAAUUAUUAAAAUGCCUAACCACCAUGCUUUUUAUGCUGCCUCUGAUUCUGUAUGUUGGGGUGUUUAUGAGCAUGUGCGCACGUGCCUGUGUCUGUUCAUGCGUCAAAUAGGCCUACCUGUCCUUGGAUGAUUUUAAUGAAUUAAAAUAUACUGUACAGAAAUAUAAACGUAACAUGCAAAGUGUUGGUCCCAUGUUUCAUGAGCUGAAAUAAAAGUUCCCAGAAAUUGUGAA